GGGGGGGUGGGGGGGGGGGGAGAGAGAGAUAGGGUUGUGAAAAUGAUGGCGACCGUUGCAGAGGAGAUACGAAUCCAAACAAGCCCAUGUCCCAUCCCCGACAUCAGCCUCAGCCCUCUGUCCGUCAAACUCACGCGGAAGCACCAGCAGGACAGACAGUGGAGCUUACGCUUCGUUUACCUGCAGUGCUAUUUCUUGACCAUUGCAACAAUAUUGGGAACUGGAAUCUUAGGUCUUCCGGUAACAAUAUCCCAUGCUGGACUGGUGCCUUUCAUUUUCUCUUUUCUGGUUGGCUUCUUUGUUCAGGCAUUGCUAAUCUACCUGUUUGUGGAACUGCUUCAGAAAUGUCAGGUGGUGCAGCUCGAGGCUCUAAAGGUGUAGCAGAGUGUAUUGUGAUGGAUCAGGUGGGGGUGGAGGAAGCAGCCACCACAGAGGAAGAGGACGACGAUGAUAGUGAAAAUGCACAAGCAGAUACAGGUUUACUGCAGCCGGAUGCUGUGUCUCUGCACGACCAAUCAGAGAGCCUGGAGCCCAACCUCCAUCUGCUCGGCUACCUCUUCCUCUCCCGGCCAAUGAGCCAUGCCUUCAACUUCAUCCUUCUCUUCCAGUUUAUUUCUAUUGGGAUCAGUUAUGUGUUAGCUGGCAGUGAGGCGUACGCUGCUCUUCUUAAUGUCAGCCACAUCUACGUGAUCCCGGCCUUCACCUGGAUUCUGACUCUCGCUAUCAUACUCGCCCACACGGUCAUCCAGCCAAUCACCUCGCUACUCACCCUACUGAAAGGCAUCCUGCUCAUUGUCACGGUGGCGGUGACCUUCGCAGUGGGGUCAGAGGUGGGCCUGCAGAGCAGCAGUGACUUCAGUCAGAUGGGAAAACCUUUCCUAAUGGGCACGGUGGCUCUGGGAGGGAUUGUAAACGUGAUGCCGCUGCUCUACUCAAGAAUCUCUCACAGCAGAACUCAGAUCAUGUGGUUUCGGAGAGCAGUGCUAGCUGGUCUGACAACUUGCACCGUGCUCAACAUCCUCUGGUGCUGGGCAGUGCUGGAAAUCGUGCCUCAGACGUCGAUACCAGAGAGGCAGCUAGCAGCCGGGGGGGCUCCACCCUCCUCCAUCACCCCUCUGCUGUACUCCAACAUCUCUCUGGAAGAGUCGGAGAGAGCGGGAGAGAUAGCCACCAUCCCCCUGACUAAGAUCAUCAAUGAGCGUUACAAGACGUACUCCUGGGUGGCUGAUCUCAUCCAGGUGUUUAUAGCCAUCAGUGUCACUGUGUCCUUCCUGGUCAUGGGGUCGGCCAUGAAACACACCAUUGACGGAGUGGUGAGCUCGCUGUGGAGCAACAGGAUGGAGGAGCUGUCUAAGUCCUGGGAGAGAAGCCUGGCCAACAAACAGACCCUGUGCUCAGCAAAGAGCAUGGCUAAAGGAUUCUUGUCACUGCUCGCAUUCCUGGCCAUCUUCAUCGUGUCAGUGUGUGACCCCCAGGGUUUUGUCGUCAUGUUGGACAAAGUGGUCUCAUUCUCCCUGAACACUGAGGUGGGACUGUUCAUCUUCAUCAUGCUCAGAGAGUCCAGAGAGGACAAGUUCAAACACCUGGCAGUCCCCCUGCCAGUGGGUGAGUGUGUGUUCAGCCUCAGCUGGCUGCUACCCACCUACUUCCUGUUUGCGGUAACCUACGACGUCCUGCAGACGGUGGCGGACGUUGCUCACUACAUCGCUGUGUACAGCCACAGUCAGGACACCCCCCCACACAAUGUGACGGGGGGGCUGACAGCAGCCAACGCCUCCAUCCUGCUCUGAGGAGGAGGAGAUGAUGGAAGAGAUGAUGGAGGAGAUGGUGAAGUGCCAAAAAAUCUGAAGCUUCGCAACAAGUGCUUUUAUAUGAUAUGAUAUGAUAUACAAUUUCUUGUUUUUGACGGCGUCUUUGGGGCCAUAUUUUGUGUUUUUGCACUAUCCCAUAGUAACUUUUCAAACAUGCUUUAUAUAUGAUGACAAAGCAGAGUGAGUUUUACACAUUUGUAAAUAUGACAUGUGUUUUAAUGAAGUUAUAUUACACUGUAGGUUGAAUCAUUGGCAGAAGAGAGAAUAAAAAAGCAUUUAUUUAAACGCAAAUGAAUGUUACAAUGCUUAGUUUAUUUAUUCAUAUGAAACUAUUCAAUUCAACCACUAUAUAUAUAUAUAUAUAUAUAUUAGAUAUUUAGCGUUUUGAAUCACGCUCAUCUUUUAUGCUUAAACCACAUGGUACGGCUUGAAUCGACAUGCAUUGCAGAAUUUUGCACUGCAGAUAAUACCGCCUCAGUGUAGGAAAACCACUAACGUUUGUGGAUUGGAGCCGUAUGUAGUGGGAAAGUGGCAUUCGUCACAAAAAAAGUUUUAGCGACAGUAUUCCUAAACUUUCCUGCACAAUGCACCAUUUUUAUACUGGCAGUCACUGCGAUUGUUCUACACUCCACAUGAGUUACACUGAGGAAUAAAGUUAUUAUUUCUCUCUAUUUAUCCUCCCCUCUCACCCCUCAACACGCCUUGAUAUCAAGUAAGAAAACCAGGUGAUCUAUAAAAGUGACAUAAUUAUUUUUUACUGCAAAAGGAGGUUUUUUUAUUCCGGCUAUAGCAAAUGUUCCCAGGCCAAUAACGGUUGUGAGCCAAUAGGGUUUGGGAACCUGUGCUCUGGGUAACUGCACUGACAAAACUGAAACGUUAACUGUAAUUAAAUACAUUAUUUAUAUACACCUUAUUGUAUUAGUUUAGUUCAAAGCAAUAAUUUUGUAAAUUAAAAAAUAAUGUUUUUAUUCAAACUUAAUAUUGUUGCUUUGAACUAACGUAAUACAGCGUACAGUGUAUUCUGUGGAAUGGUCAUCCAGCAACAUAAAGUCCAGUUUCAUUUUGGUUUUCAUCUGCAGCCUCUUCACUUUAUGCUUCUCAGCUCUAGAGCGAUUACACAUAGCCAGUAUUUCCGGGUAAAGUGUAAUUGCUAUUACGUUGCAUAGCGUCACCAGCUCUUCCUUUACUUGCCCAAUAACCUUUUUUCAAGCUUUUGAAUGAACUUGUAUUCAGUUAUAACAGUUGUUCAGAGAAAAUAACUAUUUAUACGUCAUAGAAUUACUCUCACAGCCUGAACGGUAGACAGGUCUGCGCUGAAAGUCCAUAGGGUGUUAAAUAAUCAUUCUAAUUUGAAUUAGGAGAGCUUACAUUAGGACCCACCGGAACAACUAAGAUCUAAGUGUUUGAACCUGAGGUGGGUGAUGAAGCAGGGUUACAUAAAGUGAAUUGAUAAUAAUAAAUCAUUUAUCAUUCUAAUUAAUAAUCAAACAUAUUAGAUUACGGUCUGCAGUCCACUCUGCUUACAGUACACACAGGGAUGUUUCAGUUAGGAGAGAAAGCCCAGAUUGUUGCAACUUCCGUUUGCAUUACAAAAUGAAGAGCAACAAUAUUCCUGGAGUUUUAGGAACUCAUUGAGAAUAAAGCAUGCCUCUUUAGUUUCAUUGUGUCACUAGCAUGAGGGACGUUCAAGCUGUCAUUCAAUGUUUUAUUGGUCAUAUUCUUUGUGUUUUUACAUGAAUAAAACACUGACUACACGUUGUUGGUUCAGCAUUUGUACACACACAAUAAAAACACACAACUCUUAUCAAAA